GAUGGCUUUUAUUUCAGGGACCACCUGGACCAGAUGCCCUACACUACCAUGUGCAUCAAGGAGGCCAUGAGGCUCUACCCACCUGUACCAGGUGUGAGUCGAGAGCUCAACACACCUGUCACCUUCCCUGAUGGACGCUCCUUACCCAAAGGUUUCACAGUCGCAAUCAGCAUUUAUGGCCUUCACCAUAACCCACGCUUUUGGCCAAACCCUAAGGUGUUUGACCCCUCUAGAUUUGCACCAGAUUCUUCUAGGCACAGCUACGCUUUCCUGCCCUUCUCAGGAGGAGCAAGGUGAUGGGAAAGGGUUGGGAGGAAAGGGAGGCCCUGGCACGUAUUAAUAUUUUGUAUUUCUGAUUGCUUCUGUUUCAUUUGGUCUACUUUUGUGUAUUAUUGGUAUGUGUGGACAGAUAGUGUCAGGUAUAUGUGUGCCAAAAAGAAAGAUGACAAUUCAGUAUACCACAGAGGGUUUUAAUCCACUGCCCAGUGGUUACUGAAAUAUUUGUGAGAAAAAUUAUUAUAUUUUUGUAUUUUUACAAAUGCUGAACUUCAUAUUUCUGAAUUGUAUUCCUUAUGCAAGUUAAAGCAAGAAUUUUAGUUUUCAAUGACAUUAAAGGGAGAAUUUUUCAUUACCAAAAUUCCCAGUAGGUUUUCUUGUUAAUUCAACAGUUGGAUGCUUCUAUGAGCCCCUGAAAUACAUGUACCUAUAAACAUAUAUGUAAUAAAUAUAUAUUAAGAAUUACAGGUUAUAUAUACAUAUAUAAUUCUAGGAAUUUUGUGGGCGUUUCUGUUAAAGUAAUAUAUAUAAGAGUUCCCAGCUCAUUGUCUGAUGGACACCAGAGGCUAUCAUCUUACAGUUUUGGCCUCUACCCUCACAACAAUUUUACCGCAUGGACAAAUGUUUGCAACUUGUAUUUCCCAAUUUGCAAAGUCCUGCUUAUGGGAAGGGACAUCAGCUACAGAGGAUUCAGAGCUAGUUAGUUCUUAGCUUGUCCUUUGGAUGUGAUAGUGAGGGUAAUGAGGAGCAUCUCUGGCAACUUCAGCAGUGUGAUCUGAAAUAGGAAGU